CGUAGGUGAACGACCGGACGUUGCAUCUCAAUCAAGUACGACGCGCCCAAAUAUGAUACGCGUGACAUUGUUCACCAAUUUCUCGCGCUCGCGUUUCGCCGCGUCAGGCUUACUUGCUGCUUUCCCUCUUUCAUCUCAUUUCUUCCGUUCCUCAUGUGAGUUUUCUCACUUGUCUUUCCUUGUUUUUACUCAACACUCAUUUUCUCGCGUCUUUUCUGUACCAAUAAGUAUUCACGGUGUAAUUGUAUUGUGUCACGAUGUUCUAUAGUCACGAAGUUCUUACUUCGCGCAAGUAUGGAGUUGCAACGAUCUGGCUGGUAGCUACUCUCGGGUCCAAGUCAGCUUUGAAGAAGGUCAAUCGAAAGGCCAUUUCCAAGGUCGACGUUGCGAAAGCUUGUGAUACGAUUAAGGAACCUGAAGCUCCGAUGGCCUUGCGUCUUCAAAGCAGUCUUUUGUAUGUGCUGUCAAUUGUUUGGAGGGGGCAAGCUGACGAACAUAGGUACGGAGUUGUGCAGGUGUAUUCGCAACAGUGCCAAUACGUUUUGCUUGACGCGCAGAAUGCGUAUAACAGCAUUCGGCAGUUCCUCAAGGCCAAUCAGAAUGUCGAAAUAGAUGCUACUACUGUCAGAGCAAGACCCGACCAGCUCGAACUCGCCGAUGACCCAGCUUUCAUGCCUGGACUCGCACAGCUGCCACUAGACUUUGACUUCAUGGACUUGGACAUGGGUAUCGGCAUGAGGUCACAGAGUCUGAGUUUGAUGUCUCCAGGUCCCUCGAUGCGAAGCAGGCAGGGAAGUGGUCCUACUGUUGCAGGUCUCAUCAUCCCUGAAGGUUCAAGUCAGAUGGGCCGCGCUGGCUUCCAGGUGCGAGGUGACGAUGGUGCGAGUGCCAAACAGAACGAUCCCAGCAGUAUCAUCAGGCGCGAUACCAUGGCCGGUUUCGAUUCGGAAGCUGAUUUUAGCUUCGAUGCGGAGGGCAACAUGAUUGACAUUGAACCGGUCAUGCCUAGCACACCGACUCCUAAUGCGCGAAGGAACCUAGCAGCUGAACACCGCUCAGACGCGGCCGUCCGCCAGGGCUACAGUGACGCAGGUCAGCCACAAGACUUUAUGGGAUCAGAACUCCCACCACUCGUUGAGGACAUGAUCCUGCCUGACGCCGAACCGUUUCCUCCCCGUGCUCAGCAAGCAACUCAUGAGCCAGCAUCACAAGGCUUCGUGGUAGACCAAGAAGAAUCCUCAGCUGCAUCGGCACCUCUGCGAAAACGCCGAACGCGCAAACCCAUAGCAGCGGACCGUGAGCUCGAAGUACGCAACACCGAACUGUCACGCUGGAACUCAGACUACAACGAGAUCAUGAUUCUGGCCACGACGGCGAAGAUGCCCCAGAAAGCUAUCGCUCAAGCAAAGAAGAAUGCAGAAUGGCUUGUCCUAGGACGAGGCAUAGGCGGUGUCGGUAGCGGCGUUGGCUCUCACAUGGUGGAAAGUCCUUUCAACAUGUACUGCGGUGACUCGCUCUGGGAAAUGAUCACCGGGACCAAGAGACGCGAGGACAAGUUGCGCAAACGGCUUCGUGAUCCGGAUGUCGUUGACGUGGAAGACACUGACUCCUCGGAAGGUCGCCGUGUCAGGGCUCGGAGUGAGGAGGGUGAGCUUCGUCGCGGCGUCGAAGCGCAAUUGGGGGACCAGAACGAACUCCCACCCCUUGGUGACGAUACCAUUGAACUGCCUCGAGAUGAGCGGGAGGUACUUGACGACCGUCGGAUGUCAUCUGCCAUGCCCUGGAACAUCACCGCAUCCAUCCGUGGCUCAUCAGUCGCGCGCGGCAUAGAUCUCGGGUUUCCAGCCUCCGCAGGUUUAUCCAUUGGCGGCGUCUCCGGAUCAAACAAUAGACAACGCCUGGUCAGCGCUUCUCCUUUGCAAGGCCGGGGAUCUGGUGCGUUAGGCCCGCUGUCACAGUACCUCGAGGCAGGUGACGACAACGCAAUGCCCUUUGAAUCCGAGCCCUACGACUCUGCCUCUGGGGGUGUCCAGAAUCUUGAACCAAUCGCCGCCGACGCCGCCGACGCACCGUACGUAACAGAAAGCCAGCAACUCCGCGAUGCGCUCGACCGGGAAGGCCAAAACUUCCUUGAGUUCAUCGAGCAAGGCAUCAGAGAGAAAGCAGCAGGCAACGCUGAAGAAGAUAUGGUUCAUGAUGAUGACCAUGAAGACGAGAUCACGUUUGAAAAGCUUCUCCCUACGCACGCGAAUAAUCGACUCGUGGCUGCAAAUGCCUUCCUGCAUGUCUUGUCGCUGGCCACGAAGAACCUUAUCUACGUCCGUCAGAGCGAGGCUUACGGAGACAUCGGACUUGGCCUCGUCGAGCCUAUCGUCUGAGCUCCUGUGCUGUUUCGGUCUGGGUCUUAAUCUUUGACAUU